AUGGAAAGUCUUGAAGAUGAUCGCGAGAUGCUACUUCAACUUGUCAGCAACCUGCGCGAAUCAAGUAACAGUGAAGUCAUCCAACUGCUCAACCUGAUUCGGAGUAAUGCCCCCUUGGAUGAAAUCAAAGAUUACAUGGACAAAAGGAUGCACGACGAGAUUGAGAAGACACCCGAACUAAUGGAUAUUGCCAACAGCAUGCGAGAUGAUAGCAAUCAUUCGCGGCGCAAGGUCCUAGAUGCGCGACGACUUUCUGAUGAUCCGUUGUGGGAUGUCCCCGCCAGCCCCUGGACAAGUUUGACUGAUGACGAUGGGUUUGUGUCCCAUCUUAUUUCGCUCUUCUUUACCUGGUUUCAUCCGUUCUUGAAUUUUAUGGAUCGUGACCGAUUCAUCAAGGACAUGCAGUCGGGCGAUCCAGACAAUACUCUCUACUGUUCACCUUUCCUUGUCAACGCCAUCUUGGCCGAUGCCUGUGCCUAUUCCGAUUAUCCAGAGGCAUUUUCUCGACGGAAUGAUCUAACUUCGAAGGGAAAGCAUUUCUACGAGGAGGCUAGAAGGCUUUAUGAGAAUGAAGAUGGCAAAGUCGGAUUGCCUACAAUACAAGGCUUAUGUAUUCUGUUCUCAAGUUCCUGCCUGUAUGGUGAAGACCGACGCGGAUGGCUUUACGUAGGACAAUUAGUCUACGUCACGCAAGACCUAUUCGAGGAAUACGAUCUCGGGAAAGAGUCUAUAUACGAACCAGAAGUUGUCAACAAUGUAGUUUGGGGCCUUUACAAUAUUAUGGCGUUAGAUUCCCCAACCGUUGGGAGGCCGUUCAUGAUUACUGACUACGAUAGGGCCAACUCUCUUAUCUUCCACAAAAGAACUAUGUUUCGCGCACCGAAAAGGCCAUGCAAAGUUCACCCGGAUCCUGGGCCUGGUUACCAGGAUUUGUGGUCCCCAUACCCCUCUCUGGUCGGCGCCAUCCCUGCCCAUACCGGGCACAUGUUGAAGGCAUAUUCCGAUCUGAGUCUUACCGCAUUCGAAUCAUCCUCUUGGUUUUUUCACGGUUGCAACCAUUUGGAGAAUAUGUCCUUUCUGGAAUCCAGAGAUGCUGCGCAUGAGUUGUAUGCUCGUCUCAAAGAUUGGAAAACGAACCUCGACGACUGUAUGAAUGAACAGAAUAACAAAACACCACACUGCCUGAGUUUGCACAUGUACUGGAACAACAUAAUCUUGUGCACGUAUGGUCUUGUACAGAAAAAGGCUUAUCAGGAAGACUUAAGUCCCGAAGAUUAUCAAUCAGUGAAAGAAAACCGACUCACAGCAGCCAGGGAAGUUGGAAGACUGAUGUCGGUGCAUCUAUCCUUAUGGGGAAGCGAUCGAGUCCCAGCGGCAAACAUGCAAUCCUGCUCAAUAGCAGAGAACACCCUUCUCGAAGAUCUCGACAACCCGGAGAGCCGAAAGGCUUUCAUUGAUCUAUGCAUUGUUUCCAAGGCCGCUGCAUGUCGUUGGCCCUUGGGCAAGGCAAAGCUGCGCGCCCUCCAUGUCGCGGCAAAAGAGUUGGAAGUCACCCUCCCGUCCGAAACAGAGUCUUUAUUCUCGGAUAUCGAGAGCAAUUGGUCGCCUAGGGAAACAAAGGAUAUGAGCAGCAAAAAUCCUACCUUUGCGAUUUAUCUUAAGUCCCAGAACAAUAAUGAAGCAGAACUUGACACGUUUUUUGAGAAGUGGGACGCUUUGCACAUCGACGAUUCCGGUCCUGAGCAUAGCGUUCGCUUCAACUUCUCUCAGUACAUGCCCUACCCGUAG